AUGGUCAUCCGUAAAACCCACCCUUUAUUCAAAAUUGUUAACGACGCACUAAUUGAUCUCCCCGCCCCAUCCAACAUUUCCGCCUGAUGAAACUUCGGCUCCCUCCUACUAUUAUGUUUAAUAAUACAAAUCCUAACCGGCCUAUUUCUGGCCAUACACUAUACCUCCGACAUCUCCACCGCCUUCUCAUCCGUAGCCCACAUCUGCCGAGACGUAAACUACGGUUGAAUUAUCCGAAACCUUCACGCCAACGGAGCCUCUUUCUUCUUCAUCUGUAUCUACCUCCACAUUGGCCGAGGACUUUAUUAUGGCUCCUACCUGUAUAAAGAAACCUGAAAUAUCGGAGUAGUCCUUCUACUCCUUGUAAUAAUAACAGCUUUCGUUGGAUAUGUCCUACCAUGGGGACAAAUGUCAUUUUGAGGUGCUACCGUAAUUACAAAUUUAUUAUCAGCAGUCCCAUACGUAGGAGACAUACUAGUUCAAUGAAUCUGAGGGGGCUUUUCAGUAGAUAACGCAACACUAACCCGAUUCUUCGCAUUUCACUUCCUACUACCAUUCGCAAUCGUAGCCGCCACACUAAUACAUGCACUAUUCCUACACGAAACCGGAUCCAACAACCCACUAGGCCUUAACUCCGACGCAGACAAAAUUACAUUUCACCCAUACUUCUCAUACAAAGAUGUCCUAGGGUUCAUCCUACUAAUUACAGCCCUAGCAUCCUUAGCAUUAUUCUCACCCAACCUAUUAGGAGACCCAGAAAACUUCACCCCCGCCAACCCACUAGUCACCCCGCCACACAUUAAACCAGAAUGAUAUUUCCUAUUUGCAUACGCCAUCCUCCGAUCAAUCCCCAAUAAACUAGGCGGUGUAUUAGCAUUAUUACUUUCAAUUCUAGUACUCAUGGUGGUGCCACUUCUACACACCUCUAAACAGCAAGGACUCACCUUCCGCCCCCUAGCCCAGCUAAUAUUCUGAACACUAGUGGCAGACGUAGCAAUCCUAACUUGAAUUGGCGGAAUACCAGUAGAACACCCAUUCGUCAUCAUUGGACAAAUUGCUUCAGUACUAUACUUCGCACUAUUCCUAUUCCUAAACCCACUAAUAGGCCUAUUAGAAAACAAACUCCUAAAUUUCAACU